CGCUCCGCCCCGCCCGCCCCGCCGUCUCUAUCCCGGAAGUUGAUGAGGGGCGCAGACCGCUAGCGGUUCGCCGAGGGCGUCGCUCCGCUUCUGGACGCGCUGGACUGGCGAGAGCGUCACCAUGCCUUUGGCUAGAGAUUUACUACAUCCGUCCUUGGAGGAUGAAAAGAAAAAACAUAAAAAGAAACGACUAGUUCAAAGCCCAAAUUCUUAUUUUAUGGAUGUAAAAUGUCCAGGUUGCUACAAGAUCACCACGGUUUUCAGCCAUGCUCAGACAGUGGUUCUUUGUGUAGGUUGUUCAACAGUGUUGUGCCAGCCUACAGGAGGAAAAGCCAGGCUCACAGAAGGUUGUUCAUUUAGAAGAAAGCAACACUAAUGCUCCAAACAAACCCCUAAAUUUCUGUUAUAUCACAGAAGGCCUUAUCGGUUCAGUAAUUCUAGUUAAUCUACCAAGAUAAUGUAAUUAAUGUUUGAUUUUUAUUUUUUUGGUAAAGUAUACUGCAGUGAUCUAUUUUGGUGUCAGUUUUUUCAAUAAAGUUUUGAUUAUGGGCAAA